AUGUCUCUUACUAGACCUAGCCACCUAACCCACGAACAACAUUUCGAGCGUGAAUGCGAGUUCUUCCAGGAAGCUCUAGGAAGGGAGGCUACCUCGCUUCAUCUUUUGGAAGACCGCCGUGCAGAAACCAUUCAGGUUAUUUAUGAUCUGAUCGUUCAGCUGGAGAUUAUUUGCCAGCUCGGUGAGACUAUGGCCAGGAAGUCCCCCAUGUGUCCGACUGUCCUGAUUAGCCCGCCGGGCUAUUUCCUUGGUGAAUUCCAAGAGUUUUGCCGCACGAGGAUUCUGCCUGGGUUGGCUAGGUCGUUGAAAUGUCUUAGAGAGUCAAACAUUAUCUAUCGCGAUAUCAACUAUACAGUGGCUGGUCAGUUGGAAGCGGCUCAUGAGGAUCUGGCUUUUGUUCUGGAUUGUCGUGAGUAG